UAGGUUAUGCGAGGAUUAUUCCAGUUAUUCAUUGUUAUCAUAAGUUCAUAUUUCAUGGUAUAAUUUAAGUUACUAUAUGUGAAAUUGUCAAUAGAACAUGGUAAAUACACUUGAUACAAAAAACGGAAUUCAAGAACUUGAGAACCUUAAACAAUACUUUGAGAAAGUUAUUGAUUCGAGAAGAAUAUUUGAAAAGAUUCAAAGUUUGGACGACUUGAUACGUAUAUUAUAUAAACGAGAUUGCGAUUUACAAGAACUCUCCAAUCAGUUAAAAAUCAUAAAUGAUAAUAAAACCGUAUGCAAGGAGUCAGUAUCGGUAAAUAUUUCAUCCCAACAGAGAAUUUUUCCACAACUAGUUUUACAAUCAUGUAGGAUUAAUCCACAACCAGUUUUAUUGGAACAAAGAAUUGAUGAUAGAACAAUUUUACCAAAUGUACCACAAGAUCCAAUAGAAAGAAUUGACCAAUUGAUAGCUGAUGAGAUUGGUCAAAAAUGGAAGGAUUUGGCAAGAAAUCUCAAAAUUCCAGAAGACUCCAUAAGAAAUAGUAAAAACGUCCCUGGAAAGAUGUAUUGAUUAUUAAUAGAUUUGACGCUCCUAAUUUGAAAAUAGCUCAUGAGCUGUCAUCAACUCCUCUCCACCCAAUUGGUUAUCAGAAGACGAGCAUCAAUAAUCGGAUUAAUGGUUAGGUUAGAUUAAUGGUACUGGAUUCAACCAGAUGAGUAGGCCCAUGUAUACCCUAAGGCUUUGUUUGAUUGCUUCAGCUCUAGCCCCUCUUAAAACAGCUAAUGACGGAAGUACACGAUACAGCCAAUUUUAAAUGCCCGAAUCAAGAAGAAACUAUGUACUUAACAACUGGUACUAAUCGCUUGGAAGUAAUAGCAUAUAAGAUCAUUAAUAAUUAGAAAUUAUAUAGUAGCUUUAGCCAACAGACGAGAUGCUGUUUCCACGGAGUCACUGUGCAAAGACCUCAUCAAAACUACAGUCGCCAUCAACAGUUGCUUUAGUGUGAGCAUGGUUUAAAAAGUACCAGAAUAUCAACUUUUGU